UAAAAAGUGAGAGGGCUGGGAUUGAAGCAGCAGAAGUUUAACGUUGCCGGACAGAGUCGAGGUCAGGAAUUCACACCUAUUCAAGAGUGAUUAUAUUAAACGUGCGCGUUCCGCGCGUCUUCUCCAUCGUGCGCCUCCGUCGACCUUCGCGUAAAGACCAUCAAUGAAGGAGCGCAGAUCUAUCCAGAAACUGUCCCUACAGCCCGGUAUGGAUUCGAGUCAGAGCGUCAAAUGCAAAAUCGUGGUCGUGGGAGACAGUCAAUGUGGGAAAACAGCUCUGCUCCACGUUUUUGCCAAGGACUGUUUUCCUGAGAAUUAUGUGCCCACUGUGUUUGAGAAUUACACAGCAAGUUUUGAGAUUGACAAACAGCGAAUAGAGCUCAGCCUGUGGGAUACCUCAGGCUCCCCUUAUUAUGACAACGUUAGACCUCUUUCGUAUCCCGAUUCGGACGCCGUCAUCAUAUGCUUCGACAUCAGUCGACCAGAGACUCUGGACAGCGUCUUAAAAAAAUGGAAAGGGGAGAUCCAGGAAUUUUGUCCCAACACAAAAAUGCUGCUCGUCGGAUGCAAGUCGGACCUUAGGACGGACCUGACGACUUUAGUCGAACUGUCCAAUCACAGGCAGACGCCCGUGUCAUACGAUCAGGGUUCAGCCAUGGCCAAGCAGAUAUCAGCGCCUUACAUCGAAUGCUCGGCGGUGCAGUCGGAGAACAGCGUGCGGGACAUUUUCCACAUGGCGACAUUGGCGUGCGUAAACAAGAACAACAAAAACAUCAAACGCAACAAAUCGGCACGCUCCACCAAACGCAUCUCGCACAUGCCCGUGCGACCGGACCUGGCCGCCAUGGCGACAGACCUGCGCAAGGACAAAGCGAAGAGCUGCACGGUCAUGUAAAAUAAGCUCGGUGGGGGGGACAGAUGCAUUGUGGGAAUCAGUGAGGGCGGACUGUGGAAGGUUAUCUGCUUCCAAACACAAAGCAGAAGCGGAGAGGGCGAGAAGGAGCGCCGAAUUCCCUGAAGUUCUCUCGAAUUACGGAGUUCCGGAAUAACGGUAUGGCCCCACCCACCCCUCCCUAACGUAUUCGAUCAGCAGGAGGAUGUCACCGCCCUCUCGGCCAAUGGGAGCUCUUCCGGCUCCUGGAAGUGAAGCUGCUUCCUCUGGAGGUUUCCUCCUGGAAGCUCACCGGACUUCGCCUGCAGGAAGGACUUGAGGAAGUUGAAUCACAUAACCAUUGAAUCCAGAUUUCCGCUGAGCUUCGGCGCACUGCUAUUUUUAAAACGCUCGUAGAGAAGAUGCACAUUUUUUUUGGGUUUCGUGUGGUGGUGAAGGAAAUGUUGUUUUUUAAAAUAAUGACAUUUCGACUGUCGCCUCUAUUUGGAAUGAGGAUUUGAAACGAGAGGGUAUCACUGUGGUUACGGAUCGCUUCCUCUUACGGUCCAGUUAUGGUCGGUUUCGUUCCCUAUGGAGUUUGUGUGUGCGUGGUUUUCGUUUCCUUAUGCUAAGCUCAGCUAAAACUGUCUCCAUGGAUACACCGCUGGUAUAUUUGGACCUGGCAUAACUCCUCAUAAAAACAGUUCAUUAGGAUUUCAGAAAAUAAAGAAACCAAAGAACUGGAAAAGACGUGGAUGUUUGAUGGAUGAGUAUUGUAGAAGGCUUUGGUGGAUCAAUAAAAUUUCUUCCACGGUUCUGUAAGAACACAAAUGUGACCUUUUGAGAUUCGAUCAGAUCUUCAGUCCAACAGCUGAAGCACGGCAGUAAGUUAAAGCAGCUAAUCGAAGCUAUAAAGAAUUCGAAUUUUAAUAAACUAGUCAUGCAUACUUGUGAGAAGUCAAUUAGAUGACUUUUAUAACCCAUCACUACAGACGCAGUACAGCAAAUUAGAAACUAACAGUACAGCAGAUUGCAAUAGCUGUCAGUCGAAACUAACAAAUAAUUGUGCAAACAAAUUUUCGAAACGUUUUGUGCCUUUUUUUGUAAAGUUUUUUUUUGAGCGUAAUGAAUAAAAUGCUGAAA